UAGCAUCCCUAGUAACCGCGACCCUGGUAACCGCCCGCCAGGAGCUGCCAGGUCGCCUGAGGCCGAGCCAGCUCACCUGCCCCGGGCCAGCGCUGGCGCUUUGGCCUCGGAGGUGGGGUGAUGGCCGCCUCACACCGGCAGGCCAAACUGGCAGCCGCUAGUCUCCACCUGCCGGUAAACCCCAAGACCGGAGCGCGGGUCGCCCAGUACGAACGUGAAGAUCUCUUAGAGGCCCUGGCGGCGGCAGCCUCGCAGGAGGAGGAUGAGGAUGAUUCUGACACCGACUCUUCUCUGGAAAUAAGUAUAAACUAUGAUGACAUCAUGAGCUUUUCUGACAUGUGUCACUCCAAUAAAGAGUAUUUCAAGAAGCUGGAAGAGCUGAAGGCGGCUCACAUAAAAACUAUGGCAAAAUUAGAGAAAAUGUACUGGAAUAAAUUAAACUUAAAGGACGUUCAGCCAGUGACUGUCAGGGAAGAUGUUCCUAGCAACUCUUCCAGUUCUGAAUCGGAAAAUAAUUCCUGUUGCCCUGUUGUGUCAAUGACAUCACUUUCGGAGCCAGACUUAGUGCCGUCUUCCUCUUUCUAUACUUCCUCUGAAGAAGAGCUGGCCAACCCAGAAAAAGAGCAUCCUAAGAAAAAUAAAAAGAUGACCUAUGCUAAGGAGCUCAUCAACAACAUGUGGAAAAACUUUUGCGUUGAAGAUUAUAUUCAGGGUAAAGAUACUGACUUGCAAGUACCUGAAAAAACAAGGAAGAAACCAAAAGAAUGGGUGUCCAGAAUUACAAUACCUGUACCUUUCCAAAUGAUGAUUAGAGAACAGAAGAAAAAAGAAGAGGCCAAGAAAUCUAAGUCAGAUAUUGAAACAGGACAGAAACUGCUCAAAAACGAAGAUGAUUCAGAGUGUAAGAAGAAAUUCCGAGCCAAUCCAGUCCCUUUGAGUGUCCUCCUUCCCCUCUAUCAUGAGCUAGUUAAGCAAAAUGAAGAACAGAGGAGGGCCAGGAAGGAGAAAAACAAACAAACACUUUUGGCCUUGCAAAAGCCAUUUACGUUUAUUGCAAGGGAGGAACAGAAGCAAGCAGCCCGGGAAAAGCAGCUGAGAGACUAUUUGAAGACUAAAAAGAAAACCCACCAGUUUAAAGCCCGACCCAUACCUCUGUCUAAUUAUGGUUCAGCUACCAGCAACAAAUUAAAAGAAGAAGAGCACCUUAGAAACAUUAGAGCACAGCUGAGAGCCCAGAAGUCAGCCGCUCCAUCUUGUAGACCAGGUCACAAACAUAGCAGGAGACCCAAGUAUCCUGAACAGGCUGGAAAAUCAAGGAGCAGACACAAGGCCAGGUCCCAGACUCCUGACGCUGAAGACCUUCCUAAGGAGUCCAAGAAACAGUCCUCAGAACACAAGUGGCCAAAACCCUCAGCAGCUCAAAGACCACCUGUAUCCUCGAGUAAAUCUGCUGAGAGGCAGAACGUUCUGUCAGAUGAAGAAAAUUUGAAACAAACGCGUUGGUGUUCUCUGUCACCAAGGCACAAGUCACCAGGCAGAAGUGCAAGUACAAAGCCCGCGUCCUACAGCUGCACACCCCCAGCGCCCACAGCGUCCUCCAGGGGACGGGAAGAAGCCAUCAGGAGAUCACUUGAGGAAAAGAAAAUGUUGGAAGAAGAAAGAAAUCGGAUCUUAAUUAAGCAGAAGCAAAGAAUGAAAGAAUGGCAGAAACUCCUGACAACCCGGGCUAAGGCUUAUGACCCACACCAAAGUUUAGCUCAAAUGUCUAAAUCCAAAGUAAAAUAUCUCAGAAAGAAUGAAAAGGAAAGAAUGAAAGAAUACCGAAGAGAACUAGAAGAAAGAGAAGAAAAAUUAAAAAUGAGGCCACUACUAUUUGAAAGAGUUUCUCAGAACAAUGCGAGAAUGGCAGCAGAAAAGCAUUAUUCUAACAAACUAAAAGCACUAGGAAUAUCUGAUGAGUUUGUUUCAAAGAAAGGCAAAAGUGGAAAAGUAUUUGAGUACUUCAGCAAUCAAGAGAUGAAAAGUUUCACUGGAGAUAAAGAAAGCUUUAAUGAAGAGGAAAAAGUAGAAGAGCGAGAAAAUGGGGAAGAAAAUUAUUUUAUUGAUACCAGCAGUCAAGACUCUUGCAAAGAGAACGCUGAAGACGAUGAAGAGAGUGGAGAGGUGUCUGCGGAAGGGUAGAAUCGCUCAGCGGGCUCCUCUCCGUGCCCUGGCAGCAGCUGGCAGCAGCUGCGCCUGUGACGUGAGGACGUCCGCCGGGACAUCUCCAUGUGUGCAUGUGUGCGGUGCUGUGCACAGAGACGUUACAGCCCAGAGGCUGGAUUCAGAUGAUGGUGAUUCGGUCAGUGAAAGCUCCCCCCUCCUUUCUUCUGAGAAUUGCAACCUGUGGUCUGUUUGCUAUGAUGAUCUUGUAUUUUAAAAGUGUUUGGAAAAAAGAUUUGAGAAUCACAGCUGUCACAAACUGAUUAAUUAAAAAAAUAGGCAUUAUGUUUGGUGGGGAAAGGGAUUUGGAUAGAGAGGAAAGCUGGGCGUAAGCCCAGCAUUUGAAAGUUUGAGGCCAGAGGAUUGCUGUGAGUCCAAGACCAGCCGGAGCUACAUCACUACACCUGUCCCAAACGGCAAAACAAGGCAGAAAAAGAACUGGGAGGAGACAGAAGUAUCUGGCCCUGGUGGUUUAUUUUAAAAUACAGGAUUUCUCGAAAACUUGAAUGAAUAAAGAUUUUAAAUUAUA